AUUUAGGAAGUGACGUACUUCACGUUUGCCCUCUGGACUUCCUUUUCCUGUUAGCGGCGGCCGUAGAGAAGCAUCAGAAUGGGCAAGUUUAUGAAGCCGGGGAAGGUGGUGAUGGUCCUGGCUGGACGCUACGCGGGGCGGAAAGCUGUUAUCGUCAAGAAUAUUGACGACGGCACCACCGACCGUCCCUACAGCCACGCUCUGGUCGCCGGCAUCGACCGCUACCCCCGUAAGGUGACCACCACCAUGGGCAAGAAGAAGAUCGCCAAGAGAUCCAAGAUCAAGGCUUUCGUCAAAGUUUUCAACUACAACCACCUCAUGCCCACCAGAUACUCGGUGGAUAUUCCUCUGGACAAAACCGUCGUCAACAAGGACGUCUUCAGGGAUCCUGCUCUCAAACGCAAAGCCAGGCGGGAGGCCAAGGUCAAGUUUGAGGAGAGGUACAAGACGGGCAAGAACAAGUGGUUCUUCCAGAAGCUGCGAUUCUAAUUUCACUCGGUUUCACAAAAUAAAUGUUUAUAAAUGGAAA